CAGGCUCCCAGGCCGGGCCUCCGCUAAAGGCGCGGAGCAUCCGGCGCCGAGAGCGCAGAAUAGAGCAGCGAUCCCUGGAGAGAAGUGGGAAGCAACGAUCGCGCCGUCGCAGCCAGCCCGCCAGCGUCCGAGCCGCUCCCGCACCCUUACCCCUGCCGGCCUUUACCCAGUCGACCAGCGGCCAUGCAGCUCCGAGGCUGAGGCGACCCCAUGGCGAAGCCCGCGUCCCCGCGGUCCGGGCAACGACGGCGCAUGGAGAACUUCCGUAAGGUGCGCUCGGAGGAGGCGCCGGGGGGUGGUGGGGCGGAGGGGGGCGGCCCGGGCUCCGGCCCCUUCGCGGACCUGGCGCCCGGCGCUGUACACAUGAGGGUCAAGGAGGGCAGCAAAAUCCGGAACCUGCUGGCCUUCGCCACCGCCAGCAUGGCGCAGCCAGCCACUCGCGCCAUCGUAUUCAGCGGCUGCGGUCGGGCCACCACCAAGACCGUCACGUGCGCCGAGAUCCUGAAGCGCCGCCUGGCUGGCCUGCACCAAGUCACCCGGCUGCGCUACCGGAGCGUGCGCGAGGUGUGGCAGAGCCUCCCGCCAGGGCCCACGCCGGAGCAGAAGCCCAGUGAGCCGGCCGCCAGCCUCAGUGUACUUAAGAACGUGCCCAGCCUCGCCAUCCUACUUUCCAAAGAUGCACUGGAUCCGCAUCAACCUGGCUACCAGCCCCCGAGCCCCCAUCCUGACUCUUCAUCUCAGCCAACCGCGCCAACGCCCAAGAGGAGCUUAAGGGAACCCGCUGCUGGAGAAGGCUCCGCGAAGCGGUCACAACUCGAGCCAGGUGCUGCGGAAGAGAAUCAGACGACCUGAACACUCCCGGCCCUGGGCCACCAGACGGGCUGGAUCUUAGCCCCAGCGCCUCCACCUUGAGACGUACCUCCAGCCGUUCACACCUCGGUCAGCCGGAGCUCACAGCCUGCUCUCAACUCCUCAGACUGGUUUCGUGGACCCCACACCACAAGAGAGGGACCCAAGGAAGCUUCGUGGGGCGGUUGCUCCUCCACUUGUGUUGCCUGAAAGCAACCUUCAUCUUUUCUGAGCCAUACUGGGAUCCUCUUCAGGGAGGGAAUUCCGGGCAGUGGGACUCUUGAGCCUUACUCAGGACCCCGAACGGUUAGAGACACCCAGCAUUCAUGAGGAGGAGUGUGGAAGCCAAAGGGAGCUCUUGGAAUUACCCCCACCAGCGGAGAGCAAGGGGUCUCCCCACUGAACCAGAAGCCAUGAUUGAUUGGAUCCUGCCUGCCUUACUCCCUACGCAGCUCCUGGCACACAGGAAGCCCACAGAGAGCUGGUGACUGAAAGACUGGCUGAGCCAGACUUUGAACUGUUCUGAUGCCACACGAAAGUCCUUAAUUGUCCAGCCCCAUGGACAGUGGCCUAUCUCCACCACAGCUUCUCUUCUCAUCUACCUGCUCUUUGGAAAAGCUAGAGUCACCACAAUAAUUGGGGGUACGCACAAGGGGACAGGCAGGCAGGCAGCUGUGUGACAACAGGGCAGUUGUUAAAAAUACGGACUGCCUAGGCUGAACUCCAAACCAACAGGAUCAGAAUCUCUCAGGAAGACCUGGAAAUAUGUAUUUUAAUAAAAUCCUCAUGUGAUUUUGACGAUUAAUCAAGGUUGACUACUCACUAAGAUAGUAUGUACACAGAGUGGUACUCACACUGGUAAGAGAGACAUAAAAUUAAGCCCCCCCUCCUUUCCCCUCAGUCAGCCACAGUUUAAAUAUUUUUCUGGGGAAAAAAGCACCUGUUAAAGAACUGUUAUGAGCUGUCCCUUAGAGGUUGUUCUGGGGAAGAGAGGCUCUUGGCUCAGGGAGGCAGAGAAACAACCCUUAGGAAGGCAGUGAAUGGACUCCAAGCACAAAGCUCCCCUGCCAAGGACGCUGUUUCCUGAAAGGAAACAGAGUGGGCAGCCCAGCUCAGACACUUACAAAGACUCAGCUUUCUUUAUUUAAAAAAAAAAAUUAUAAGGAUGUGGAAAAAUUAGAAUCUGCAUACAUUGCUGGAGGGAGUAUAAAAUGGUGCAGGCUGUUUUGGAACACUUUAACAGCUCCUUAAAAAGUUAAACAUAGAGUCACCAUUUGACCCAUACGCAUAUGACACUCCUAGAUGAAUACCCAAAGAAAUUUAAGACAUCUGUCCACAUAAAAACAUGUACACCCAUGUUCAUAGCAACAUUAUUCAUAACAGCUAAAAAGUGGAAACAAUCCAAAUGUCCAUCAACUGAUGAAUGAAUGGGUAAACAAAAUGUGAUCUAUUCAUACAAUGGAGUAUAAUUCUGCCAUGAAAAGGGUGAAGUGCUGAUUCAUGUGGCAACAUGGAUGAAACUUGAAAAUGUGCUGUGUGAAAAAUACCAGACACAAAAGAACACAUGUUGUAUGAUUCUAUUUAUAUGAAACGCCCAGAAUAAGCAAAUCCAUAGAGAUAAGAAGUAGAUUCAUGGUUGCCUAGGGAUGGUGAGGUUUGUGAGUGCUAUUGGAUGUGGAGUUUCUUUUGGGGGUGAUGAAAUGUUGUGGAAUUAGAUAGUGAUAAUGGUUACACAAUGUAGUGAAUGUACUAAAAACCACUGAAUUGCAUAUCUCAAAAGGGUGACUCUUACGGUAUGUGAGUUAUAUCUCAAUAAAAACUAUAUCCUUUAAUGAUUUUCUGAUCAUAAAAGUAAUAAUCUCGGAAAUUACAUAAUAAAAGAAAGGAAGGACAAGAGCGCCAUUAGAGCCAUCCUACCCCGAUUGGACGGAGACCCACAGGACCACCUCUGGAGGCUGUUUCCUCCUGCUAGCCCUCCUCCCUGAGUCUCAGGUGAUCCAUGUGGUGUAUCUGUCCACCCCACCUCCAUGCCUUGUCCCCCAUUUCACAACUGGAAAAAGAACAUCUGUAAUUUUACAACAGGAACAUAUUUUUUUGUAGAGAGUGACAAUUAUCAUUUAUUGAGCCCUUACCGUGUGCCAGCCAGGACACAGUGUUUUACAUGCAUUAUCUUUUGUAAUCUUCCUAAUACCUAUUAGUUUGGUUCCAUUAUUAUUCCCAUUUGUAGGUGAGGAAACUCAUCUAUCAGGAAAUGGGAAUAACUUGCCUAUCACAGAGAUAUAAUUCAACUGCAGCAACUGAGUGCCUUCCCUUGUUCAUCCCAUUUUCAAAGCAGUCUAGUACAGUAGGGUGAUCCCAUCAUUGGAGGUGCUCAAGUAGGGAAAUGGAAGCAACGUAAGGUCAGUCAGACUAAUGGCCUCAAAGGCCCCUUCCAGCCUUGAAAUGGCAGGAUUCUUUAAUUCCUCCCAACGCAUAAUUCGUUCCCACAAGAGAAAAUAGAGCUUUUCUUGAAUGUGUACUUCCCUUUACUAGCAAUUCAGGUGGUGGAACAGUGUCUUUGUCCUCACAAGCUCCUCGAUAACAUCAUCCCUCCCCUCUGCACAUCGGAGGAAAUACCUCAUCACAACUCUUCCAGGAAGGUUCUGGCUGCAGCAGGAAGCUGAUAGGUUGAUCAACUGGGGAUUGAUGACAUCCUUAAAGCAUUAAAAGUCCAGCAGCUGCUUCUUCAGAGGGACAGAAAUAGUAGGAAGCGACAAAAGACCCCAACGGCCUGGGCAAGAGCCAGGAUAUCUGGUCUAAAUCCAUCCAGGAGGGAGCACCCAGCAAAAGGAACAGAAUGGACUGGGGCCUGGGGGCACAACUGGUGGCAAACUUGGGAACAAGCAGCUCCCACCCCAAGUGAUGUGGUAGACUUAAUUCAAAGAUGGCCCCCAUGAUUUAUGCCCCCUGGUGUACAUGCUUUGUAUAAUCAGGACAGAAUAGGUGAAUUUGCUGGGAUAUCAUUUCAAUAUUUGGCUACUAAUCCCUCUACUUUGAGUUAA